GGCUGUGCUGGGGGAGGGGCUGGUAGACAGCAAGCAUGUUGCAGAGGAUUUCUUAUGAGACUCUCCAGAGGGCAGCCAUUUAUGGAGCUGCACUCUCUGUGUCUGGCUGCUUCCUACUCUACUACCAAAUACAGAGAAACUUAGCCUCAGGGCCCUACUUUACUGAGGCAGUGGCGGCUGUGAGAGCUAACAAGGAGGCGUGUGCGUUGCUGGGGGAACCAGUGAGGGUGCUGGCUCUGAGACUAGGGGACAAGGGGAACAGGGUCACCACUGAACAGGCACAGGUAUUCAUUCCAGUGCGUGGUUCCAAGUCUAAAGGUCAAAUUCGAUCCUAUGCUUCUGUACGGAAUGGGAAAUGGGAAUUGGACAAAGUUGUUCUGGAACUAAAAAAUAGGCCGGAAAAGAGCAUUAAUAUCUUGGACACACACGGACUGAACUGAAUCGUAGUUUUGAGUAUUUUAGUUUUACACCUAUUACUAUAUAUAUAUACAAGUUAUGUACAAUAAUAAUUAACAUGUAGUGUACUUACAUGCCACAAUGAAAUAUAGUUCUCUCAG